GUCGCACACUUGUCACUGGCGCUCAGGGCCCCGGUUCCCCGCCCCUCCCCCGCCCCAGGCUCGGCACUAUUUUGGGUGGUGUAGACCCCGCCCCCACCCCCGACCGAGCCCCGGCUCUCCAGGCAGCUGGAGGGGUCGCUGCACCUCGGACCAGGGCCGCCGACGCCUCUACAGCCAUGUCAGGCCGCUCGGUGCCACAUGCCCACCCGGCCACCACCGAGUACGAAUUCGCCAACCCCAGCCGUCUGGGCGAGCAGCGCUUCGGAGAAGGCCUCCUGCCAGAAGAGAUCCUGACCCCCACCCUCUACCACGGCUACUAUGUGCGGCCCCGGGCCACCGCAGCUGGGGAGGGCAGCAGGGCAGGGGCCUCGGAGCUCAGGCUCAGUGAGGGUAAAUUUCAGGCAUUUCUGGAUGUGAGCCACUUCACCCCAGAUGAGGUGACUGUAAGGACUGUGGACAACCUGCUGGAGGUGUCUGCCAGGCACCCCCAGCGCCUGGACCGCCACGGCUUCGUGUCCCGAGAGUUCUGCCGCACCUAUGUCCUGCCUGCUGACGUGGACCCAUGGCGGGUCCGCGCAGCUCUCUCCCACGAUGGCAUCCUUAACCUGGAGGCACCUCGGGGUGGCCGACAUUUGGACACGGAGGUCAACGAGGUCUACAUCUCCCUGCUCCCUGCGCCUCCAGAUCCAGAGGAAGAGGAGGAGGCAGGCAGAGUGGAGCCCUGAGUGCCCUGGAGCCAGCACCCAGUGAGCCCUUUCCACCUCCCGCCGUGAUGGGAGCAGCUGCCCACCGCCCCAGAGGUAGCAGCAUCCUUGGGGGAAGGGAAAAGUGCAUGGCCCACAAUGUAUGGUUUGGUCCCUUGAGACAUGUCAAAGUGUUUGUUUAGUCCUGGGUGGAGCUGAAUAAACCCCAAUCUCAGGGCCUUG